AUGAACAAUUUCACUACUCUGUCUACCUUUCUGCUGCUGGAAUUCUCAGAAGUCCGAGAAUUACAGCUCUUACAUUUUUUUGUGUUCCUGACAUUGUACCUGACAACAUUAACAGGAAAUCUACUCGUCAUCAUUACGGUAGGCUUUGAUCACCACCUACAUAGUCUCAUGUACUUCUUCUUGCUGAAUUUGGCCAUGCUGGACAUCGGGGCGGUUUCAGUGGUGGUGCCCAAAUCCUUGGCUAUCUCCCUCAUGAAUAACAGGUCAAUUUCCUACUCCGGAUGUGCUGCACAGGUCUUCUUCUACCAUUUCUUUGCAGGAACAGAUCUUGCUCUCCUAACUCUAAUGGCUUAUGAUCGCAAUGUCGCUAUCUGCAACCCACUCCACUAUGAGAGAAUUAUGCACAAAGGAGCCUGCCUUCCAAUGAUAGCCCUUGGGUGGCUUAGUGGUCUUUUUAAUGGUAUUUUGCACACUGGUGGUACCUUUGCAAUCACCUUCUGCUCUAAUAUUGUGCAUCAGUUCUUCUGUGAAAUCCCACAGGUAGUAAAGCUCGCCUGUUCUGACAUGUACUUAGUUGAAGCUGGGCUUCUUGUAUUCAGUUGCUUUGUAGCAGUAGGAUGCUUUAUCUUUAUCAUUGCAACAUACAUACGGAUCUUUUCAGCUGUGCUCAAAAUUCCAUCUGAACAUGGUAAAAAGAAAGCCCUCUCCACUUGUCCUCCCCACCUUACUGUUGUCUCCGUGUUUAUAUUCAGUGGCAUCUUCACCUAUGCAAGGCCUCCCAGUGAUACAUCUUACAAUCUGGGCAUAUAUUUUGCUGUGUUAUAUACUAUAGUUCCUCCCAUUUUAUUUAUUUAU